AUGAAAUCCUCACUGAUGACGAAGACAACCGCCAUUGAGGCGCAGCGAACGGGAGCGCAAGCUCCCCGCGAAAUCGAGAGGCGUAGCGAUCGUGAUAACUGGCUGGAGGCAAUCGACGAUGAGCUACGGCCCAUGAAGGCAAAUAACGUGUGGAAGAUGACAUCCUGUCCACGCGGCGUGAAGCCCCUAAAGUCCAAGUGGGCAUUUCGAGUGAAGGAGGACGAGAAUGGCCAGGCUGUACGUUACAAGGCUCGACUGAUAGCGAAGGGCUUCCUACAACGUCAAGGUGUAGAUUUUGAAGAAACGUAUGCACCAGUUGCCAAGCUAUCAACCAUCCGGACUGUGUUGGCGGAUCCUCAUUGA